CCGCCUUCAUCAUCACACACUAUCCCAAGCUUGCCUUCUUUUGGUUGUGUGUACGUAGAGCAACAGCCUCAUUGGUUCGACAUGGCGAUCCGAUCACCAGCAUCGCCGCUACUACUAGCAGCGUGCUUGCUACUUGCACUCGCCGGAAGACUGCGUGCCGAACCAUGCAUUGCAGUCUACUGGGGCCAAAACGGCAACGAGGGAGGCUUACGAGAAGCCUGUGCCACCGGCUACUACAAGUACGUCCUCAUAGCCUUCCUCAACCAGUUCGGCGGCGGCCAGAUGCCACAGAUGAACCUCGCCGGCCACUGUGACCCCAACACCGGCGGCUGCACUUUCCUGAGCAACGACAUCAUCUCAUGCCAGCAGGAGUACAACGUCAAGGUGAUGCUCUCCCUCGGCGGUGGCAUCGGCAGCUACCGCCUGGUGUCCGAGGAGGAUGCCCGGGAGGUCGCCGCCUACAUCUGGGACAAUUUCUUGGGCGGCUCAUCCCCCAACCGGCCCCUCGGGGACGCCGUCUUGGAUGGCGUGGACUUCGACAUCGAGGGAGGGAGCAAAGACCACUGGGACGACCUUGCUCGCUUCUUGAACGCCUACAGCACGCCGGAGCAGAAAGUUUACCUGAGCGCGGCGCCACAGUGCCCCAAACCCGACUAUUACCUUCAAACUGCGAUCGACACCGGUCUCUUCGACUACCUGUGGGUGCAGUUCUACAACAACUACUGCCAGUACUCCCCCAGCACCGUUGACACCUUUGUUCAGGUAUGGAACCAGUGGACUUCCACGAGCGUAGGCAAGGUGUUCCUCGGACUCCCUGCUUCUCCUGCCGCAGCCGGAAGUGGCUACGUCACACCUGAUGACCUCAUAAAUAUAGUGCUUCCCCUCGUCAAGGACUCGGACAAGUACGGAGGAAUUAUGCUAUGGAGCAGAUACUAUGACGGGCUCAAUAACUAUAGUGCUCAGGUGAAGGACUACGUGUGUCCUAAUGAUGUGUCCUUUACUUCGACUAUGCGGAUUAAGCCUUUGAUGAAGGUUUGAACCGUCUCAGUGAGCUAAUCUGCUUCCUUGUUAAUGGGGACUAGGUAAGUGACUACGUAUAAUGUCUCUUAUGUACUAAGUCUCCUACGUACUACGUGUAGUAUUUCUCUCCAUCAAUAAAAUAAACAUCUAUGUCGGUGAGAUCCUCAUUUAUUUUCAUUACUAA